CUCAAGAGCUAGUCUACCAGUCUAUUAUCAUUAGAUCUCUAGACUAGAUCUAUAUACUAAUUACUAUACUACUAAGCCUGCCCUUAACCUAAGAAAUGUCUCGCUUUGAUAUCAGUAAUUUUUCUCCCCUUCCUGAUGUGGAGUUAAUAUGUGGAAUCUGUAAAAACGUUUUGGAUAAGCCUAUGGAAACUUCCUGUCGUCAUGUUUUUUGUACUGAAUGCAUUAAUCAAGCUUUGGAUGAGCAGCUGAAAUGUCCGCUGUGUCGUAAAAAAUGCAGAAGGAGAAAUCUGAAAGAGGUUCUACCCCUGGUUCAAAAUAUGAUAAACAAACUAACAAUGAAGUGCAGCAACUUUGACAAAGGAUGUACAGAUUUAAUUUCUUUAGAGAAGUAUUUGGACCACAAUAAAAUCUGUGAAUAUGCUAUGGUUCAGUGCCGGUACAAAGGCUGUUCAAAGCUGCUUCAUAGAAAGGAGGUUAAAGGACAUGAAAAAUUGUUGUGCCCCUACAGAGACAAAAAAUGUGAACUUGGAUGUGGAUUGCUAGUCCCAAUGACUGAAAGAGAAUCACAUAACUGCAUAAAUGCUCUCUUGUUGCUUGUCAAAGUUCUUCAAGAGAAAAAUUCUGAAUUAGAAAAAAAAGUACUUGAUCUGUCUAAAAGGAAUACAGCACCAAUUUCUUCACAGAACCAAAAUCUGUAUUCAAGGCCUCGUAGUUAUGACAGUGACAAUAUUGAUCGUGGAAUUUUUGAUUACUUAGAUAGUGAAUAUAGUUACAGUGAAGGUUCAAUGUCUCCUUUCCUAGGUUAUUAUAGUGACACAGAUUCUUUCAGCUCCAUAUCUAGAGAGAACUUCUCCUUCACAUCAAACAAUGAAGUAGAUGUGCUGCCUACAAAUGAACAUGAUUAUAGUCACACUGAUUCUACCAUGUCUGAUAAUAUUACCUUUGAUAAUUUGCCAAGCUCAACUGCUAUUGGUGAACAUUUGUUCACAGACUCCCCUUUAAGAAGAGAGACUGAUUCCCAAGGAAGAAGAGGAAAUCUUCCUGUUUUUUCAAAACAAAAAGGCAAUUUGGCAAAUGAUAAUCCAUCAGGUUCAGCAACAAGAGGCUCCUCAAAUCUUGAUAUACCUCAACUGAGUUCCUCAUUGCUACCACGGCAUAUCUAUACUGAAAAGAACGAUUAUAAAAAAAGAGUACUUGAAGAUGACAGAGGUAAUGAGAAAGAGUCAAAGAGAGUAAAGAGAAAAGGUAAAACGGCUACAUUAACAUCUGGUAUGAUGGCAUCAACGUCUACUGAUGUAGUGCCAGCAACAUCUGCUGAUAUGAUGCCAUCAACAUCAACUGAUGUUAUGCCUUCAACAUCAGCUGACAUUAUACCAUCAACAUCAGCUAAAGCUAUGCCUUCAACAUCAACUAUGGUUGAUGUGGUUGAUUACAAACAAAAAACAGUUUCUGGUAUAAAAAAACACCCGCUGGGCCAUAAGAAAAUUAAAAAGAAGUCUACCCCUUCAAAAUCUGUUCCAUCCAAUUCAAGACAAAUGGAUGCCACAUUUACUCCUUUGGCUGAAGAUUCUAACAGAGACCUGACCAGAGAUGAAGAAAAUGUCGAAGGUACCAGCAGUCUAAGUCCUAUACCUCACAGCUCAACUACUUCAGCUAGGGUAAGAAAAGGUCCUCUCACACGAAGAUCAGCUAAAUUGCUCAAGAAGAAUAUCAUUAAAGAAAGUAAAAUUCCCUAUGUGAGAGUUCCACCAACAGCUGCAUAUUUGCUGAAUAAAUAUGGUGAAGAAGACUCAAGCGAUGAUAGUUCUUGGUCACCAUCAGAAGAAGUUUAAUGGUGAAUAAGAGGCUGAUUAUAACUGAAUGUCUUAAUUUUUAUUGCAAGACACACUAUGUUAAUUUUUAUUAAAAUGUCUGUUAUUGAACUGCAUUCAUUUUUUUUAAGUAGUCUAAGUGUUUAUUAUUACUAACAUAAACUUUAAUGGUAAUUUAAGCUGUGUAAACUUAUGCAUCAAAUGCCUUGUAAAUCAACCUCUCCUGAGAAACCAUUUAAAGCUGAUUUGCAAAUUUUUGAAAUAUUAAAAUCUACUAACAAAUAUGUUUCUACAACAGCAAAGGUGGUUGCAUAAAAAGGAAUCUAUGAAAAAAAAAAUUAUAGUUCAAUAUUGAACAUCUUCGAUGACCUCAAUAAAAACAGAAUCUGAUUCCAUUGAUGGAAUCUGACAAAUAAUCAGUUGAGAAAUAAACCCUGGCUGUGUCUUUUAUGCUGAAACAUUUUUAUAAAAUCUAGAAGUAUGAAACCUAAGUUUAUUGAUAUAAAUAUAUACGACUGCAAGAAAUGUCACAAGCUUCCAAGUAGUAUGAGCACAGGUUAAUCAAAUUUUCAUGUUAGUUACAUAGUCUUUCUUUUUGACAUCUGUUUAUUCUGAAUCAUAUUUAUUCAUUCACAUUAUUUUUUACCACUGUUACUUCAGUUUACUGUAUUCCAAAUUUAU